AGGUACUGGAAAUGUUGGGUAAUGGAUCCUUCUUCAACGGCCUAUUAUCGUUGGUUGGCCGUCAUUUCAAUUGCCGUCCUCUACAAUCUCAUCAUGAUCGUCGCCCGUUCAGUCUUUUGGAAACUACAACAGCAAUUUAGAUACAUCUGGCUGGGUUUAGACUAUAUCUGUGAUACGAUUUAUCUUAUCGAUAUGUUCGUACAAUUUCGAACUGGUUACUUGGAACAUGGCCUGCUGGUUGACGACAACCGCAAACUGGCUAAGCGCUAUGCGAAAACUUUGCAGUUCAAAAUUGAUAUCUUUUCCAUUCUACCGACCGAUCUCCUAUAUUUGGCAAUAAAAGACUUAGACGCUGCCUACUUACGUUUUAAUAGGAUUUUCAAGUUUUACAGACUAGUUGAUUUUUUCGAUAGAACAGAAACGAGGACAAACUAUCCAAAUGUUUUUCGAAUAUCUAAGCUUAUUCUAUAUAUUCUUAUCAUCAUUCACUGGAAUUCAUGCAUCUAUUUCCAAAUAUCAGCUUUGAUAGGCUUCGGCACGGACGACUGGGUUUAUUAUAAUAUUAAUGAAACUCUUUACCCCGAGAAUGCCACGCUUAGCCGAAUGUAUAUCUAUUCUUUCUAUUGGUCGACGCUCACACUCACAACUAUAGGAGAGACGCCACGUCCAGAGAAGGAUGUCGAAUACGUUUUUGUCGUCUUCGACUUCCUUAUCGGCGUUUUAAUAUUUGCUACAAUCGUAGGUGACGUCGGCAGCAUGAUUUCGAAUAUGAACGCUGCAAAAUCAGAUUUUCAACAAAGAAUGGACGGCGUUAAAAUGUACAUGAAACUAAGGAAGGUAGGGGAAGAUCUAGAGACUAGAGUUAUCAAGUGGUUCGAUUACGUUUGGAAUAAUAAAGAGUCUUUUGACGAAGAGGAGAUUCUAUCUAAACUACCAGAGAAAUUACGAGCAGAAAUAGCUAUAAACGUUCAUUUAGACGCUCUGAAAAGAGUAGCAAUCUUCCAAGAUUGCGAGCCAGGCCUUUUAGUUCAAUUGGUAUUAAAAUUAAAAUUAUCCAUCUUCAGUCCAGGCGAUUACGUUUGCAGAAAAGGUGAUAUUGGUAAAGAGAUGUAUAUAGUUAAGAAAGGUCAAUUAAACGUAGUAGGCGACGACGGACAAACAAUUUACGCCGGCCUAGGAGACGGAUCGGUUUUUGGAGAAGUUUCCAUUCUAAAUAUUCCUGGCAACAAAACGGGAAAUCGACGGACGGCUAACGUCAGGAGUCUAGGAUAUUCCGAUUUGUUCGUCCUCUCCAAAGACGAUCUGUGGGACGCUUUACAAGAGUAUCCCGACGCCAAGGACAAGUUAAUCGAAAGAGGUAAAGAUAUCCUGCAAAAGGACGAGCUGUACGAUCCCGAAGCGGCUAAAUUAGAAGAAGUAGCUAAGGAGUCUUUAGAUCACAGGUUAGAGAGGAUAGACGUCAAUCUUGACGGUUUAACAACGCGUUUCGCGAGAUUACUCGCCGAGUUCUCUUCUCAACAAUCAAAAACAAAGCAAAGAUUGAGUAAAAUGGAAAAGGAGCUGGACGAUAUGAGAAAAUCAGUUGUUCCAAGCGACGAGCAUCUCAGUUUGAAAUAGCGUGCAUAAAAGUAACAAACAGACAAAUGAGAACAAAAUCACUUUUUAUUAUCCAUAUUUAAUUAACUAAUUAAUUAAUUAAUAAGUUUAAUUAGUUAAUUAGAAACAAAACGAAAGAAGGAAGUUACAAAGUUAACUUGUAUAUUUAUUUAUUUAUCAAUUUUCUAAGUUUUUUAGUUUGUAUUUAACUUAAAUCAUUUACUUUACAUACUGUAUUUAUAUGAAAAACUCCAGAAGAACAAUACUUUAUGGCAUCCAUGUUAGUGCCUCUAUUCAAACAAUCUUGUACAACAGCGUUCAAAGUUGUAACUAUACGUUUACUUAUAUAAUAUUAUAUAAAAGAGUAUAUUGUAGAUAAAUUUCUCUGUUUAUCUUUCUCCCUUCUCCUCUUCCCCACUCCCUCCUAAUCCUAAGAAAAGCCAAUGGUAUAUAUAUAUAUAUAUAUAUAC